AUGAGUAAUUCGGUGGAAGAGAGACUAAGGGCGAAUUCAAAUGCCUUUGAUGGUUUAUUGGCAUUGAUCCCUGCUAAAUAUUAUUACGAUGAACAAACACAGGAUCAGUGGAAAGCUAAGAAGAAGAGUAAAGGUCAAGCUCGCGAUGACAAGGCCAAGAAGUUGGAUCCAAAUUCUCAAAGUGAAGAAGUCUCCACGGCAUUAGAUGUGAUGAAGAAACGUGAAGUGAAUGCUAAACCUGUGGUAUUACCUGGUCAAAGAAUGAAAGAGAUGAAGGAAGCACAGAGACAGGUUACUGCAACCAAAAAAAGUAACAAAACUGAUAAAAAGGAAGAAGAUGAAGAAGAUGAUGAAUCACUUGAUGAACAUGAAAACAUUAAGAUGAUCUUCGAUGAUGAAGGAAAUGAAAUCAAGGAUGAUAAAGAUAAUACUGAAGAAAAAGAGACUCUUUCUGAAAAUAGUGACAGCGUUGAUGUAGAUGAGCAAAAAUUUGAGACUGAUGGUGAGAAACAUGCCGCUAUCAAAGAAGCUAAGACAGCUGAACAAAAAAAGAUUACUGAAGAGAUGAAGGAAAAGAAACAAAAAAAUUUAGAAGCAUUACGUAGUAAAUUACAAUCUAAGAUUCAAAAUAUGAGAAAUAAACGUAAAGCUCCAGGUUCCAAAGCACAAGGAGCCCCUGCAUCAAGAGAAGCAAUUUUGAAACAAAGACAACUUAGAGAAGAAUUAAGGAAGAAGAGACAAUUACCUGAACAAGACGAAAAUAGUGAUUCAGAUGUUAGUGAUGAUGAAGACGAUCAUCUUUCUAAAAAAUCUAAAGGUAAUGAUAAGAAUGAUGAUAUAAAUGCUGACGGUGUAAUUUUUCAAAAUAUUAUGUUUGAUGAUGGUGAUAGAGCUACAUCUGAUUUACAAAGAAUAAGGAAAAAUGGUAGUGGUAAGAAAAGAGGACCAGCUAAAAAUGAUUUGAAGGCUCAUUUAAAGAUUUUAGAAGAUAGAAAGAGUAAACUUGAAGCUAGGGAUGAAUUAAGUCAAAUUAAACAGAAGGAAAAAGAUAAAUGGCAAAGGACAAUGCUUCAAACUGAAGGCAUUAAAAUUAAAGAUGAUGAAAAAUUAUUAAAGAAAGCAUUAAAGAGAAAAGAAGCUAAGAAGAGAAAGUCUGCCAUUGAAUGGAGGGACCGUAAACAAAUGGUUGUCGAUACCAAGGCUGAAAGAGUAAAGAGAAGAGAAGAAAACUUACAAAUUAGAAAAGAAAAUAAAGGUGUUAAGAGGUCGAAACAGCAAAAGAUGAAACGUAAAUUUAAAGGUGUUAUUACACCUAAGAAGAGAGCAGGCUUUGAAGGUCGUUUGAAGUCCGGUAAAGGUAGAAGGUAG